CUGGCUCCCAUAGAGGGCAGGCCCGUCAAUUUCGGCUUAGUCGUCCCUGGGGUGUACCGAAGCAGCUACCCCAAGAAGGAGGAUUUUGCCUUCUUGAAGGGCUUAAAGCUCAAGACGAUAGUCACGCUGGUCAAGAAGGAUGAGCCCGACCAUGAUCUCGAGGCUUUUAUCGCCGCCAACGGCAUCCAGCAGAUCAUCUUCAACAUGAAGGGUACAAAGAAAGAGCCAAUCCCCCCCAGUACGAUGGCGGCUAUCUUGGAAAUCGUCCUCGACCGUCAAAACUACCCGCUCGUGAUCCACUGCAACCAUGGCAAGCACCGCACCGGAUGCGUCGUCGCCGUCGUGCGCAAGCUUUCGGGCUGGAAUCUCGAGAGGGCUCUUGACGAAUACAAAAGCUACGCUACCCCCAAGGUCAGGGAAUGCGACGUCGACUACAUCACCGCAUUUCAACCCAGUUCACUGGAGAUGAUUCGGAUCCGACCAGCCCGUGGCGAACAUGGCCGCUUCAGCCCUCUUCAAGUGCGGUCAUUCGUCAGGACGCUGAUGUUUACCGUGGUGGUCACGUCAAUAUGGCUCUUCUCCGGCUCUCGCAUGGUCGUCCCCCGUGGC